AAUUAAUUUUAAAACGGAUGAUAUUUUUGAAAUGACGCUUUUAUUUUGAAGAAAUCAAACAGGCAACAGGAAGUAUCAGAUGUAUUGUCGCUGUGUGAGAUCAGCAUAAAGCAGACUGUUGCAGAUUCAGGAAAUCAUAAACCAGGACGAGCCAGUUUCCCAGCCGGAUUAAUAAAGACCUGCGUAGAUCCAUCCAUCCAACCAUCAGGAGAGAUGUCCAUCACUGUGGUCAAAAACAAGGGAGUGACUGUGGUCACUGUGGCAAGUGACAGUGAGAGCACGCUACCACCGCUGUGCCAGAUCCUCAAGAGUCUUUGCUACAGUCCAGCGUGCUGCUCAGUGUACGAGGGACUCACGCAGACCAAUGUGGUCUCAGCUCUUGGGACUGUACUGAUCAUGGUGGGCCUGUUCAACAUUGGACUCGGGCCGGGUCGAAUCAGCCAUCAUCCUGAUGAUUUUGCUCAUUUGGGAGUUGCUUACUGGCUGGGUGGUGUGUACAUCGCAGCUGGACUCGUGUCAGUUUUGGCUGGCCGGUUCCCCUCUCUUUGCUCGGUGGGCUUCGCCGUGUUCAUGAACAUAAUCGGAGCCAUCAUGUCCAUCUUUGGCAUUGUGAUGUACGCCAUAGACAUAGGAGAUGGAGAAUGGAUUACCAGGAUGUGUGACGAUAGACGCACUUAUGAAGAACACUGCAUAUAUAUGGCGUACUAUUACCAGCGCAUGGUGCUGGACAUGGACAUUACUAUGAUUGUCCUGGCUGCUCUCCAGCUGUGUGUCUGCGUUAGCCUCUCUGUUCUUGGCAUCAAGGCUGUGCUCGGCAGGAAGAAGGUCGAGCAGGGCGACAGAGAUGUUGAGAUUUACCAGCCGCUGUUGACCGAAGACCUCUUGACCAGCCCUGGUGCUUAAAACCAGUUCAUCCAAACACAAACCUGUACGAGUAAGAACAAGCAUGAUCGUAAUCCUUGUAAUCAUUUUUCCUACAACCUUUAUUCCAAAAAAGUAGAGACGCUGUGUAAAAUUAAAAAAAAAAAAAAAAAGCAACCAUUUGUGAACUAAAUGUGUUUCCUGACAGCGGUCACAGAGAUUUACAAAAAUCAAUGAAGCUGGUGAGGUCAGACAUUUUAUAUAUUGUAUCUCCAGAGAGUUCAUCACUCCUUUAUUUGUUUGUACACAGCGGCCCAACUUUUUGGAAUCGGGCUACAUAUAUCAGCUGAACAUAAUCAAACCUGCUUUAAUCACCAAGACUACAAUUUUAUGUUGAAGAGGAAAAUCUGUCUGUAUUGUGGCACAGUGUGAUUGCAAAUGUGUUUCUAUCAGCUUGUGAAUGAUGUUUCAAAGUCUAUUUGCUUGAAUAAAAAGAAACGUUGACAGCUGUACAAA